CUUGAGCCUUAAAAAAGAAUUCACCAUUUUUGUUUCUCAUACUCUUGUGAUUGGUUUAUUUAUAGUGAGAAGGUCAAAGGUUUUUUUUUUUUCCAGUAAUUUCUUUGGUUGUUUUUUGCAGAGGUGACAAAGACAAUGAGAGGUUUUGAUGGAGCAGUGAAGUGGCUUAGACCAUUUGUGGAUGGUAAAGGUUGGGACUUUUGUGUUGUUUGGAAAUUGGGUGAUGAUCCUUCAAGGUUUGUUGAAUGGAAAGACUGUUGUUGUGGUGCUUGUUUCAAUGUCAAAGAGGAGAAAGAUGAGUUGCAGAAGCCAUUGGGUCCCUUUUGCAGGGAUGUUCAUUUUCAGCACCCCAUAAGAUCAAAGGCUUGUGAAGCUCUUUCACGUUUUCCUUUUGUCAUUUCUCUCUAUGCUGGGAUUCAUGGAGAGGUUGCUAUGUCCAAUCAGCCAACUUGGAUCAACUAUGGCAGUGACUCUGGUUCACAUUCUUCACAUGAAAUGACAGGAACCCGAGUUCUGAUCCCGGUUUUCGGUGGUUUAAUCGAGCUCUUUGCUUCGAAACAUGCAAGAUCCUUUGCCUUUUCACUUACUAUUACUUUGCAAUGA